AUGCUGGUCCAACAUCGGCUUGUUGUCGCAGUAACCUGCGUACCUGUCAUCGUCAACGCCAUUUGGCCCCUUCCUACGACGAUCAAGACCGGACGAAACGUGUUACGUCUGGCUGACGAAUUCUCUAUACAGAUCACAUUUCCGAACCCUCCGACCGACCUCGUCGACGCCGUCAGUCGCACCGAGCACUAUGUCAAAAGCGAUCAUCUCGGGCGACUGGUCGUCGAUCGCGGCCAAUCCGACUUGGGUGUGCUGGAAGAGGCGAUGCAGUUGACGACAUUGAGAGUAGAGCUUGUCGAUGGUGCACCGCAGAUUCGCAGCAUAUCCGAGGAAGCCACGAGAGACAUAUCUGAGAGGAAUGAAGCGUACUCAUUGGAUAUCCCAAGCACGGGAGGUCCUGCGAUGUUGUCGGCGAAUACAUCCCUCGGGCUAUUCAGGGGCUUAGCAACAUUCAGUCAGCUGUGGUAUACCGUGGACAACAUAAUCUACAACUUGGAAGCCCCCGUGUCGAUUGAUGAUGUACCAGAGCUUCCUUAUCGUGGCUUCAUGCUUGACACAUCAAGACAUUUCUUUCCAGUGUCAGAUAUUAAGAGGACUUUAGAUGCAAUGAGCUGGGUCAAGAUGAGCCAGCUCUACUGGCACGUUGUGGAUAGCCAAAGCUUUCCAUUACAGAUCCCUGGAUUCGAGGAAGUUUCCCGGGACGGUGCCUACUCAAAUUCGUCUGUCUACACUCCGUCCGACGUGGCCCAAAUUGUCUCCUACGCGGCAACGAGAGGUAUCGAUGUUGUUCCCGAAAUUGACACCCCUGGACAUACGGCUGUUAUAUCGGAGUCGCAUCCGGAACACGUCGCGUGCCCACAGGCUACACCGUGGGCCUCGUUUGCGAGUGAGCCUCCUGCAGGCCAGCUUCGCCUCGCCUCGCCGUCUACCAUGAACUUCACGACAAACCUGCUAUCCGCGGCCGCCAAGCUGUACUCGUCACGCUUGUUCAGCACCGGCGGAGACGAGGUGAACACCAACUGUUAUGACCAAGACGACGAGACGCAGAUCGAGCUUAAGGCGACCGGGCAAACGCUCGAGCAGGCAUUGGGCGUUUUUACGCUCCAGAAUCACGCGGCGUUGGAGAAACUGGGGAAGACUCCCAUAGUCAAAGAAGAGAUAUUACUGGACUAUGACGUCCCCUUAUCAAACGAAACCAUCGUGGUUGUGUGGAUCAGUUCUCAGAACGCGACAUCGGUGGCCGAGCGUGGCUACAGGCUCAUCCACCAACCGUCUGACUAUUUCUACUUGGACUGCGGCGCUGGUGGCUGGGUCGGCUCGGAUCCAUCGGGGAACAGCUGGUGUGAUCCCUUCAAGACAUGGCAGAGGGCUUAUACCUUCGAUCCAUAUGCCAAUAUGACGGAGACGCAACGCAAACUCGUCAUCGGAGGUCAACAACCUCUCUGGACCGAACAGGCAUCGCCGACGAACCUCGACUCGAUUGUCUGGCCCCGUGCCGCCGCUUCAGCAGAGCUUUUCUGGAGCGGGCCGUCGAAGACAAAUGUGACAAGCGCGUUGCCGCGCUUGCACGAACUUGCGUCUCGGAUGAGUCAGAGGGGUGUCAAGGCGAUCCCGCUGCAGCCAACCUGGUGCGCGCUUCGGCCGUACGCGUGUGAUUUGGCGGCUUGAGGAGUCGCGGAAAGAGGCAUUGGGACGUACCUCGUUACCAC